GCGUCACAACAAGCCCCUGGAACCUGGAACCCGCCCAAGAAAACCGAGAGAAAACGUGGAUUUUAUCGAGAAAAACUAUCGUAUUAAAUCGUUACAAGCAGGGCGGUGAUCCAAGACAGGUGUCGGAGCGUGUCGCAGUCAUCUGAUAAUAAUUUGUGCGCUCUUGUAUUGUGGUUACUGCGCGAAGACCGAGUUUCUGUCCCAAGAAACGCAAAUCUCUGUUGCAAUAACACUAGCCGUUAUUCACGCUUCGUUUACCGAGUCAUACUACAAGAGGAAAUUGCAGCGUAAGUUUGCACAGCGCCUGCUUUGAAGUAGGUUGUAGCUGUAAUUAAUUUAUAGGCACCACGUGAGUGGGCUGAAACGACCAUUAAGUGGGCACACCCGCUGGAUAUGAUACCUAACACACUCAGAAACUUCAGCCAGAGCAUCGGACCUCUUUGACUCCCGGUACAGCGCCUGGGACUGGCGUUAAAUCUCACUGAAUGACUGUAGCGCUGAAGAACCGCGCGCUUCUGCAGAAAGGACACACAACUACAGGAGACCCUGUCAGAAUGAUGUUGUUUUUAAUCUGAGUGCAUUGGACUUUUUGCGUUUUUAGUUGCAGACUGUUUGAUUUUAACCUCUUUUGGUUACACUUCUGAAGAGUUUUAGCUGCUAUCACUGAUCCAGAUGAGAACGAUGGCAGUAUUAUGGGAUGACCCGUUCACGUUGCUGUGGAGACGGACCGUAAUUUAUUCUCUUCUGGUGCUCUUGAUGAGUGGAGCGCGCACCUUUGGAGAUGAAACCUUUAAUGGAGAGUCAUGGCUGCGGCAGUACGGCUACCUCCCGCAGGCCAGCAAGCAGAUGUCCACCAUGCGCUCGGCUCAAAUCCUGUCGAACGCCAUCAGCGACAUGCAGCGCUUUUACGGGCUGGAGAUCACUGGAGUGUUGGACCCCGUCUCCAUCGAGGCCAUGAAGAGACCACGCUGUGGCGUCCCAGACAAGUUUGGGGGUCAGAUCAAGACCAAUGUACGACGGAAACGUUAUGCACUCACUGGCCACAAGUGGGACAAGAACCACAUAACUUUCAGUAUUCAGAACUACACGCCUAAGAUCGGGGAGUAUAACUCAUAUGAGGCCAUCCGACGGGCCUUCAAAGUGUGGGAGAAAGUGACGCCGCUGACGUUUGAUGAGAUCCCUUUCCAUGAGGUCAAAUACGGCCGUCGGAAGGAACCUGAUAUCAUGAUCUUCUUCGCGUCUGGUUUUCAUGGUGACAGUUCCCCGUUUGACGGAGAGGGGGGCUUUCUGGCACAUGCUUAUUUCCCUGGUCCAGGGAUGGGUGGAGAUACUCACUUUGACUCAGAUGAGCCUUGGACCAUUGGUUCAGAAAACCUACAAGGCAAUGAUCUGUUCCUGGUAGCCGUACAUGAGCUGGGGCAUGCCCUUGGACUGGAACACUCCAAUAAUCCUUUGGCUAUUAUGGCUCCUUUCUACCAGUGGAUGGACACCGAAAACUUUGAGCUGCCUGAGGAUGAUCUCCGUGGGGUCCAGCAGAUUUAUGGACCCCCUAGCAGUUCUCCGACUCAGGCUCUCCCCACUGUGACCCCCCGGCGACCAGCCCAUCCAGACCCCAGGGAACCCCAUUUUCCGAAGAACCCUCCCGGAGCGCCCCCUCGCCGGCCGGACAGGCCUCGCACUACCGAGCGCCCAGAUCACUACGGCCCCAACAUCUGCGAGGGCAAUUUUGACACAGUCACCAUGCUCAGGGGAGAAAUGUUUGUUUUUAAGGGCCGCUGGUUCUGGAGAGUGAGGAGGAACAGAGUGCUGGAUAACUACCCAAUGCCUAUUGGACACUUCUGGAGGGGUCUGCCGGGAGACAUUGAUGCUGCAUAUGAAAGGCAUGAUGGGCGAUUUGUGUUUUUCAAAGAUCAUCUGUACUGGCGCUUUAAUGAGCACUCCAGAGCCGCAGAUCAGGACUACCCUAAGCCAAUCAGUGUGUGGGGCACUUCUGUGCCGUCUUCUCCCAAGGGGGCCUUCCUCAGCGAUGAUGGAGCUUAUACGUACUUCUACAAGGGUACAAAGUACUGGAAAUUUGACAACCACAGAAUGAAGAGCGAGCCGGGGUACCCAAAGUCUAUUCUUAGAGACUUCAUGGGCUGUAAUGUGGACCUCAAUCCUGACAGAGACACUGAUGUGGAUCCGGGACGCAAGUGGCCUGACAGGCCACCCUUCAACCCAGACGCUGGCCAAGACAAAGACAAAGACAAGGAAAAGGACAAAGAGAGAGACAAGACCAAUGAUGUUGACUCUAAAGAGGAGACUGAAGAGAAAACGAAUGAGGUGGAUGUGGUUCUGAAGAUAGACGAGACAGAGCGCACCAUGAACAUCAUCAUGGUGACGGUACCCCUGGUCCUGGUGCUGUGCAUCUUGGGAUUGAUCUACGCAAUCAUUAACACACUACAGAGGAAAGGAGCACCCACGUAUUUAGUUCACUGCAGACGUUCACUGCAGGACUGGGUUUAACCUCUCAGAAUGACCCUCGAUCCCUGUUCUUGCCCUUUCAUUUCACACGUCCAAAAACUUUGCGCACACAAAACACCACCAUGCACAUGCUUUCAAACAUACACAUACAUACAGAUACUGACACACAUCAUGUUCAUCUUCACCCUUCUUUUCCUUUCUCAUGGUGCUCUCCUAACAUAUUGACUAGUCUAUUUAUAUCAGAAAGUUUGCACAUUGAUUUUUUUGUUCGGUUUUUCUUUUCAUAAUAUCUUAUUUUCUUUUAAAUCAGUUGUUUGUGGGUUUUUUCUUAAUUUGUAAUUUUAGGAUGUCACAAUUAGUCAUCUGCCAUUACAGCAUAAAUGAUGAAAGGGAAGUCUUGCAGAGCAAAAAGAGAGGAAAAGGAAAGCGGAGAAAGGAAUAUCUCUCUUAGGAAUAUUUCUGCAUCCAUUCACCUUUUCUCAGGACUCUCAGCUGUGGUUUUCCAACUGGCCGGGCAAGUCGUAAUAUAUCAUCAUAAAGACUGUAAGGACUGCGGCCACUUGCAUCAUAACUUGUUGAUAUACAGUGGGGUUCAGACGUCUGAG